AUGGUAAAAAUUGGUUUACCCUGGCUGUUGCUGGUUCUAAUGAAACUCACUAACCGAGAAAUCAAGUCCGAUGAGAUUAUAUCAAUACAGGAAAUGUAUGAUAUAUGCCAAGUAGAACCUAACACUGAUAUAUGCGAUCUACUGGAAAAAUCUUCGAGUUUAGUUGACCUAAACAAAUUGGAUUCACCAGAGAAACGCCGACAGAAGACAGUAUUCUCCAGUUGGGGUGGAAAAAGACAAAGCACUUAUCCAUAUGGGGGGAAACGUCCAGCGUUUUCCAGUUGGGGAGGAAAACGAGCUUCGGACAAACACGGUCGACCCAAACAAACAUUUUCUAGUUGGGGCGGAAAAAGAAGUGAUUAUGAUGGUUAUGAUAAUGGAGAAAUGGAUGAACACCAAAUGGAUAAAAGGGAACUUAAUGGGAUUAAACAAGAUAAAAACAAUUAUAGAAAUAAAAUGACCAAAGGAAUUCAUGCAUUGUUUACUAUUUUUUCCGACUGGUCAAGGGAUCCAGAAGAAAAGAAAGGAAUUCGAUACGCUGGUAUUAAAAGUAUGAGGAGAAGUUCCGAUUUUUUUCCAUGGGGUGGAAAACGAUCAACCGGUGAUGCUAAAUAA